AUGGCGGCUGUGCCGCAAUCCACGCUGACAUGGCUUUGGAAUGUGCUUAUAAAGAACCAUUAUGACCCCAAACAGACCUACCGUGAUCCCAAUCGCACAUACCAUGAUGUCGCUCGAGCGCUGGCGCAAUGCCCUUCCCUUGGACCACGGACAGAUGUAUACACAUAUGAAAAUGGCACGCCGUCGCUUCUCCUCCACCUCGUUGGUACCUUGCCGGUCUCAUUCCGUGGCAACUCGUAUAAUAUCCCGAUAGACACUUGGAUUCCAAGCGCAUAUCCUCUUGAAGCUCCGAUUGUUUAUGUUACUCCGACACCAGAUAUGGUAGUCAGGUCUGGACAGCAUGUCACGUUGGAGGGACGAGUAUACCAUCACUAUUUAGCGCAUUGGCAUGAAACAUGGGAUCGAUCAUCCAUUGUCGAAUUAUUUGCAAUUCUACGAGAUAUCUUUUCCAAAGAGCCCCCAGUUAAAGGUCGCCUUCAAUCAAGGCAACCCGAAACCCCGCGAUCAGGUCCUCCCCCCGUCCCUCCACUUCCUCCAGAGCUUUCUACAUCGCCCAGACCGGCCGAACUACCUUCUACACAACCGCAACAAGCGCCCCCAAGACCGCCUCAACUCCCCCCAAAGCCUGGCCAAACCGCGCGAGUACAAUCCCCGCCCGCAGCACACACACCUGGACCAGCGGUUCCCCCAUUACCUCCAAAGGCACAGAAUGGCCACAAUCAGGAAUGGUCAACUCCUAUAAAUGCGGCCACAGCUCAAUUAAAUCGAUCCGCAAGUUUACGAAGUCAACAGUCGCCUGUGCAUGCAAACUACCAACGAGAUCCACAUACGGACCACCCUCCGGUCCCUGUACAAAGUCAUGGUCCUUAUCAGCCCCAACAAAUGCAGAGUCCUCGACAGUAUGCGGCACCACAGCCUCUGCAAGGCUACCAACAGGCUGUGCAUCAACAACAAUAUCCAUCACAAGCGGGCGUACCAUUUCAGGGUAAUCAAUACCAGCCGCCCUACCAAUCCCCUCAACAAACGAUGACCGCACCGAAACCACCAAAGCCGCAGACUCCUGAUUUACUCACUUCCCCAUUCGACGUUGAAUUACCAUCUAUAACCCCAACGGGUCCCCCACCGCCUGUUCCACCAAAUCCUGAAAAGGACGCGCUCUUGCACACGCUGUCCCGGACAUUGACCGAAAACCUGCAGGGAAAUGUGUCGCAGUCCAAAUCCGCUGUGACCUCUCUACAAUCGCAAUCCCAGGCUUUGAGUUCCGCCAUGAUCACGCUACAAGGCGAACUUGCGACAUUAAACAACUUCAAGGCAACAAUACAAUCCAAUAUAAACAUCCUCCAGCAAUCGCUCCAUCGUGCGGAUGCAGUGAUAGCAGACGCCAAAGCUCGCACUGGUCAAUCAGGAACGGGUACUACAACCGCAACUGGACUUCCUGCCAUAGACGAUGUACUCGUUGCUCCGACAGUGGUCGGAAAACAACUAUACGAUUUGGUAGCCGAUGAGCGAGGAAUCCAACAAGCCAUCUACGCACUACAAGCGGCGCUUGUUAAGGGGGUAAUUGGUGCCGAUAUCUGGUCACGUCAUACACGUAGCUUGGCUCGGGAGGCGUUUAUUAAGCGUGCAUUAAUCCGGAAAAUUGCGCUUGGAAUGGGAUUGGAUUUGGGAGAAGAUGCUCUCCGGCCUGAGUCAUGA